CCCAGUGGGGUGUUUUGCAGCCAGAAAGCCAAGCAACAUGGACCUUGUGCUUCUCUGUGUGUUCCUGCCACUGCUCACAGUGGCUUUGGGUCAGUAUGAGGACUAUGAGAGAUACUAUUUCUCCCAACAUGAAUACAGGGACAAUGAUGAAUGGGUCAACGUGUAUCGGCAAGGUUUCAAUUUCCAGUGUCCUCCUGGAGAGGUGAUCGUGGCUGUGAGGAGCACUUUCAGCAAAAAAGAAGGUUCUGACCGAAGGUGGAACUAUGCCUGCAUGCCUACCCCACAGAACCUCGGAGAGCCAACAGAGUGCUGGUGGGAAGAGAUCAACAGAGCUGGAACAGAAUGGUAUCAGACAUGUUCAAAUAACGGAUUGGUGGCAGGAUUCCAGAGCCAAUAUUUCCCAUCUGUGCUGGAUCGGGAGUGGCAAUUUUAUUGUUGUCGCUAUGGCCGAAGAUGCCCAUAUUCGUGUUGGCUGACAACAGAACAUCCAGGACAUUACGGGGAAGAUACAGACAUGAUGAUGUAUACCUAUGACUACUAUAUCCGUGGAGCAACCACAACUUUUUCCAGUGUGGACAGGGAUCGCCAGUGGAAAUUUAUUAUCUGCAGGAUGACAGAUUUUGAUUGUCAGUUUCAAAAUGUUUAGAAAUGUUGAAUAUAUAUUACACUUACGGGGUGGGGGGUGAGAGAAGAUAGAGGUGAAAUGAAAAGAGGCGAUGUAUUCAUGCACCAGCUAUUCCACUGCUAACAGGACUGGUUAAGUACCACGCUACAUCCAAAUUUACUUUGCAGUCUAAUGGCACAUCCAUAUGGCCCUUAUUUAGGGACCAGAUACUUUUGUAUAACUUCACAUAAUUCCCACGGAACAUGAACUUCCCAUGCUCCCCCUUCCCAUUCAUAUAUCUGGUGGACACUGUGACGGCCUUCCUACUGCCAGUGCAGAGAUGUUCCUGCCCAAGUUUCAAGCAUGGAUGUUUGAACAUCUGUUAGUCUAGCUCACUCUGUGCCCUCUGGUUAGGAGCAAGGGGCCAGCCCCUCAAUGGUGCUCACAAAGGGCCUGAUCCAUUUCGUGGAGCCAUUCCUCCCAUGUAGUACAGUACAGGGCAAUGCAUUAACUGCAUUGUAUUAUGCUACAUAUAAGAAGUGGCCCCUUGCGGCCUCCUGUCACUCUUCAUGGACCCAGGGCCACUUUCAUGGAUUGCCAACACCCCUUUGCAACCCUUUAUAGAUUUGCUGCCACUCCUACUCACCUUUUGGAGGCUGCUUGAAGUGAGCAAGACUGAGGCAAGCAGGUCCAAGGCUCAGCUUGAGGGCAGUCAUAGAUGUUGAGCAUGAUCUGCUUGCCUUCCAAACCUGCCUAUCACAAUGUUUGUGGCAACUCUAGUUUCUAGGGAUACCUGCUGCACUCCUGCCUAUAUGCUUCAGUUCUGAAACUGGCAGUAUGGGAAACGGCCCUGUGGAUGUGCCCUUAGACAAAAAUGUGGACAAUUCAUUCCCUUGAAUUUUUAUUUGUGGCUCAUUCACACUGUUUAAGUGCUUCCUCCUAAUACAAACUUAAGUGUUGUGGGUUUUGUUUGCUUUUAGCUGAUCUGCAUAUCUGCAGCUUAACUGUUCAUUACUUUUUACCUACUGCAUCCCACUUCCCAAAAGGACCCCAAAAGUUUCCUGAUUUGUGCUUUGCACCCAAACCUCACAAAGUGUGCCUCCUUUAUAAUAGUCUCCAGCUGUGAUUACAAGAGAACAGAGAUUUCUUCUAUGGCACAGUUUUGCAACCCAGACAAAUACUAUACCUUAGUAUUACAGAGCAAUGCUGACUGGCAUUGGCUCUGGAGAUAGAAUUCCUUAUCAGCCUGCAGUACAUUUCCUCAAAUUAUUUCUGUGUCUAAAAUCCAAACGGAACUCAUGUAAUAACCUCUGAUGUCCUAAAUGAAGGGACAUCAGAUGGUUGCUUUGUAAAUGUCAAGCAUUUCUCUGCCAUCUCUUGUAAUCAGAGGCCCAUUAUGAAUGAGAAUACCAGAACUGUAAACUUUGUGGAAAAUGUCAUUUGUAAACAUAAGCUUGAACAUAGAUGGGUAGGUGAACCCAUUAGGUAGAUCAGAUGUGGGAUAAAACUGUAGUGAGUAAUCCCGAACCUGAAGUCAGUGAUAUAUUAUUCUGUUAAAUCUAAAAUGGGAGAUACUUGAGAGUCCAAAGAUAAUACAGAAUGGAGAUACUCUGCAAUUUAUUCCAAAUGACUGUAUUAGGACAUCUUUAGUAAAUUCAGUAUGUACAAUCACACUAUGAACUGUUAUCUUAAAUAAAUGAACAAAUGAAAUAA